AUGUCCAAGCCUGAAGUUCUCCCAAUUAAUUUCUCUGUCCCCGUUUCCGCGUACUCGUUCAACGCUGACAGAUCAAAACUCGCUGUCUCCCCAAACAGCAACGUUCUCCAGAUCUACGACAAGUCCCCCGCUGGCUGGUCUCUCUCGGCCGAGCUCAAGGAACACGACAAGCUCAUCACUUCCAUCGACUGGGCUCCACACUCCAACAGAAUCGUCAGCUGUGCUCAAGACCGCAACGCUUACGUUUGGUCUCUCCACGCCAAUCAAUGGAAGCCUACUCUCGUACUCCUGCGUAUAAACAGAGCUGCCACUUACGUCAGGUGGUCUCCCUUGGAGAAUAAGUUCGCUGUCGCUUCAGGUGCACGCGCGAUCGCCGUAUGCUCAUUCGACGCUGAAUCUGAUUGGUGGGUAGCCAAGCACAUAAAGAAACCUCUUCGCUCUACCGUGUUGUCCAUCGACUGGCACCCAAACAACGUCCUCUUGGUUGCCGGUUCUGCUGAUGCCAAAGCCCGGGUAUUCUCAGCCUACAUCAAGGACGUCGACUCAAAGCCAUCACCCAGUGUGUGGGGUGAGCGUCUUCCUUUCAACACUAUCUGCGGCGAGUACUCCUCUCCUGCUGGUGGUUGGGUGCACAGUGUAGCCUUCUCUCCCUCCGGCAAUGCCAUUGCAUUUGCCAGCCACGAUUCCAAUCUUAGCAUUAUAUACCCCACAGGCGUCGACAAUCCGCCUUCUGUGUUCAACGUCCGCUUGACUUCGCUGCCCCACGCUUCACUCACUUUCCUCACCGAGGACAGCAUUGUCGGGGCUGGAUACGAUUGUCAGCCUAUGCUCUACCAACUCGUCAACAACAACAGCUGGCAAUUUGUCAAAUCUCUCGACGACGCAACGGGCGCAGCUAACCAACCUAAAGCUGGUGUAUCCGGUAGACUGAACAACACCGCCUUUAACGCUUUCAAGGCGGCAGAUAGCAUGGGCGCUACUGCUGGCAUGACUGGCGUUGGCACGGGUGAUACCGUCCUCACAACCGUUCACCAAAACACUAUCACCGCCGUUAACCCUUUCGCAGGUGCUCCCGGUCACCUCACUCACGUAUCCACCGCUGGUAUUGACGGGAAGAUCGUCAUUUGGGAUAUUAACUCUGGCGGCGCUGGUGUAGCUGGUCUUGUUAAGGAAACCUCCCAAAUGGGUUUGUGA